AUGCCCAAGGAACAGAUCCGGAAGCGCGGUAAGCGCAAGCCCAAGACCGAGGACGAUGUCGCUCCUGCAUCUGUCCCUGCACCGGAGCCCGUGCAGGAAGCCGAGCCGGAGACGCAUGGUGGCAUCCAUCCGUCCCGCCUUGCGUUCCUCAAGACUGGACAGCGGCCGGCACCUCCCCCGCGCCCCGAGGGAGAGGAGGUUGAAGAAGAUGGUGCGGCGGACUGGACGCGCGGACCGCGGCACGAGUCAGAGUACCCGUUCGGCGUGCUUGACCCCGACGUCAAGGCGUACUUCCGCAAUGUCGAGGACCAGAUCAAGGACUGGGAAGGGGUUGGCAGCGUCGGCGAGGAGCGCGAGGACCGCCAGCUUUUCUUGUCGUCCGUCCUGUCCGAACUGAGGGGCCACGAGUUGCAGGUCUCGACUGACCCCGAUGUGGCUGUCGUGUUCGAGCGCCUCCUCCCGAGUUUGAACGACUGGGGACGGCGAGUUGUUGGUGACGCUGUCGGCGGGGAAUGGGAGUCGCUGGUGCGGCAUCGUUUUGGUAGUCACGUCGCGCAGACGUGGCUCACCCUGGCGGCGGGGACACUUGAUCGCGAGGCUCGCGGCAUGUACCCCCCUCAGCACAUCAAACAGCAGAAGGACAAGGAAGCCGAUGAGGGUGUCCUCCCCACUAUGGCUGAGCUGGUCACGACUAUCGUUGGGUGCCUGCAGCCCACGCUGCCGGGUCUUCUGACACAGGCGCACGCGUCGCCGCCCGUCCGCCUCCUUCUGCUGGUGUUGACGCCGGACCGCGCUCUGCCGUCCCUCGACGCCAGCGAGGGCGGUGCGGACCUCGUGCGCUCCAAGCGUUCCGGCAAGUGGCGUAAGGGGCACGGCGUGCAGGGCAAGAGCAUCCUCGGUGACGAGCCCUCCACAGCCGAGAAGCGCGCCGUGCCCGAGUCCGUCGUCGCAUUGCGCCCGCAGAUCCGAGAGGGACUCAUGGAGCGUAUCGCGCCCGUCGAGUGGCAGGGUAUGGGCGUGAGUCCGGUCGGCAGUCCGGCAGUUCAGCUCCUCCUCCAGUGUGAGGUUGAGGAUGGUGCUGUCGCCCAGGGAUCGCUCUUCGAUAUCCUGACCGAGGGCCUGGUGACUGCCGUCGAGAGCAAGAAGGAGAGCAAGAAGGAGGGAAAGAAGGAAAAGAUCACACCUCAGCCUUACCUCUCUGCCCAGGUCGUUAGCCAGACGGGCACUCGCCUCCUUGAGGCUCUGCUCACGCUCGCCCCAAAGCGUGUCUUCAAGGCCCUCUGGAAGACGUACUUUGUCGGCAAACUUGGCAAGCUCGCAGCCCAUCCAUACGCAAAUUAUGCGGUUGCGGCAGGCAUUGGACGCCUCGACGCUUCGGGCGUGAAGGUUGCCAUCUCGGAGAUCCAGGGCACCUCGGGUGGCCGCGGUCUCGUCAAGACUGGCCGUACGGCGGCUCUUCUCGCGCUCGCUCGCCGCGCCUCUACUCUUCCGGACACUAUUCCGGCGGUGGAAGGGCUAGUGGUGAGCGCACUCGACCUUGGCGACGACACGAAACAGCUCGUGCCGUGUAUGCUGGCGAUGAAAACGCGGCCGGUUUACGCCGCCCUCCUGGCGGGCGAGGAGGCGCCGGAAUCCGAGGACGAGGUGGAGAAGGACGACGACGCCGAGGCCCUGGCGGCCGCCAAGGCCCGCCGCUCGGCAUGGGAGAACCGCCGCGAAAGGCGGGGCGGCAAGCUCGACCCAUCCCUUCCGGGUUGCCUUGUGCUGCAGGCCCUCGUUGCCCUCCCCAGCACUCUUACUCUCGAUAGCCUCCUCGCCCAGAACCCCGACAUUCUGCUGGGGUACGCGUCCUCGCCCGUCGCAUCCCACCUCCUCGACAAGGUCCUCACGGUGCCGGCUGUGCCGGCAAAGUACCGCCGCAAACUUAUCAUGACCUUCAUGGGACAGUACGAGCUCCUCGCUCAGGACCGCCUGGGGAGCCGCGUGGCGGACACGGUGUGGGCGACAGCGGACGGGUUCAUGCGCGAGAAGAUUGCAAAGUCGCUGAUUCCGCACGCGACCGCGCUCGGGAAUAGCCAGUACGGGCGCUUCUUUGCGCGUAAGCUCGACUUGCAUCUCCUCCAGCGCCGACCCGACGAGUGGCGCGAGAGUGUACUUGGUGUUCGGCACCACUUUGCGCACCAGAAGGACGAGCUUGCUCCUUUGCCUGAACCUGAGGUUGAGGCGACAGAGACGGCCGAGGAGAGGAAGAAGAGGAGGAAGGAGAAGAAGCGCGAGCGCGACGAGAUCGACGACGUGUUCGCCGCCGUCGAGAAGAAGCGCAAGCGUAAGAGCAAGUAG